CGACGGCACACUCCGCACUGGAAGAGAUGCACUCUGCGCACACCAAGAAAACCAUGAGGGGCAUCGCUUGACGUCUGUGAGAGCAGUGUAUUCGGCACUACGACGCUGCUAUUUUAGUACCUUGUGAAUUGACGUAUCAGCCGCAUAUGGAGCAGUAUACCACACGUGUGUAUCUUUCGCAUCAUGGUAGCCAUUCGGCGUCGCGGAAGAUCCCCAAAUUGACUAAAGUGAGUGCGUUUGCAGGGGACAGUAUACCGGAGAAUGAGUCGCAAAUGUACAACAAAUCUCUUGUAACUGACGAACAGGACACCCGUGUGGAUACGUCUGCAGAAGUCGACAGACAACGUAACGAAAGCGCCAAGAGGACGAACAGCCAUAGCUCUGAGUGCCAGUUCAAGAAGAGAACACUAUCCAACGGCCUGCAUGACUCCUCGACGAGCGAUGAAUGCGACUACGACGCAUGUGCAGACGACGAACGCGAACACCCUAACGAAGACCAAGGCGUACACAGAAUGGAUCAUGACGAAACUCGCGGUGCUAUAAAAGAUGAUCAACCGGACAAGAGGAAAGAUGGACAGUUGGAAAUUGUGAACCGAGAUGAAUUACUUCCUCCGUCUAUUUCGGAAGAAGACACAAGCUUUGACGAGCCACGUAGUAUAGAGUUGGAAGACGAAUUGCCAGGAUCGAAGCCUUCAGAAGAUUUACAGAAAAGUGACUUUGUGUUGGAUCCGGAUGGCGACGGGUCAUAUUAUUGGAUGGGUGUUGUGACAUUGGCUGUCAUAUAUAAUUACUGGGUGGUCAUUCUGAGGAUCGCAUUCUCGGAGAUGAGAGAUGAGGUGACAGACCCGUUGAAACUAAGUACCAAUUACCGAAACAAGCCCGAAUUCCGUAGGGAUGUCCUGUCCAUACUUCCAUUGGGGUCAGUGAUCCAGAUCAUCGCAAGUAUUAUUAAUUCAGAUGUAUUAGAAGCCUAUGUUGGUGAUGAUAAACUUCCAAUCCACGCAUCAAGGCUACCUAGAUUGCUGAAAUUACACACCAUGUCUAAGUUCUUUCAAAACACAGACAGUCGUACUAAUAACCCAAACGCUGUUCGUGCUUUCAAGUUAUCACUUUACCUUGGAGUAGUGAUUCAUUGGAUAGGGUGUUUCUACUACAUUGCUUCGGAGUACGAAGGCUUCGGUAGUAAUGAUUGGGUGUACCCCGCUGAUAAAGGGCACCAGAACUUUCUUAGCAAAUACAUUCGCUCGUUUUAUUGGUCAUUGGUUACCUUGACGACAAUAGGCGGGUCCGCCAAUCCAGUAACAAACUUAGAAUACAUAUUUACGGGAAUCACCUUCCUAAUAGGAGUCUUCGUAUUCGCCGCCGUGGUGGGCAAUGUCGGUGACGUCAUCAGCAAUAUGAACGCCGCGAGGGCGGAGUUUCAAUCCAGAAUGGAUGCUAUUAAAUUUUACAUGAACCACAGAAAGGUUCCCGAGUAUUUACAGAAGAGGGUGAAAAAAUGGUCUGACUAUUCGUGGCACAGAACGCAGAUGAUAGACGAAUCCAGUCUCCUCGAGAUGCUUCCAGAAAGACUUCGAGCAGAAAUUGCAAUUCAUGUUCACCUCGAGACCUUAAAGAAAGUGAGAAUCUUCGAAGACUGUGAGCAGGGUCUCCUCUGUGAACUUGUACUGAAACUGCGCUCUCAGAUAUACUCACCGGGCGAUUACAUCUGUAGAAGUGGUGAGAUAGGACGUGAAAUGUACAUCAUAAACCACGGGAAAGUGCAGGUUGUUGUGCAAGACCCACAGACGGGGAUGAAAAUGGUGGUGGCGACUCUCUCUGAAGGAAACUACUUUGGCGAGAUCAGCUUACUUAAGCUCGAUGAAGGACAGAACAGACGGACUGCCGACGUGGUGUCCCUAGGAUAUUCGGAGUUGUUGUGCCUUUCUAAGAAGGACUUGAUGCAGGCGCUGGUCGAAUAUCCAGAUGCUAAAAAAGUCCUAGAAAAACAUGGACGCGACAGAAUGGAGAAAAAUAAGGAAGCCGCAAGGCUACAGAGGCGAAAAUCUGAAGCGUUGCUCCAGAUUCCUGGCUACCUCAAAUCGCAGGAUGAGAGAAAAGACACUGCUCACCAGGACACGGCGCAAAGUAAGACGGAGGUCACAACACAUGGACAGAAAACAACGAUCCAAGAGCGAGGCAAGGAGAUAGGAAAAGAAAUGAGCGAGUUAAGACACAUAAUUCAUGAACUUCGUACAUUUGACAGCCAGGCAACGAAACACAAAGUCGAACAACUUGCAGAAAAGUGUAAUGUCUUAACCGACUUGUUGCACAAGCGAGACUCCGAGCUACGGCGAGCGCUUUCGAGAAUUUCCGAAUUGGAACAGAGAGUUAUCGGCAAAAUGAAGAACGGGAAAGUGUGUCCUGCAAAGAGUUACGAACUUCACAACGGCGAUUACCCAAUGGUAACGGAAGUAGGCACCGUAGUGCCGAUGGAAUCAGCAGUGAUGAAUCUCCAUCGGUUUAUUACCGGGUGCACGGUAUGCCGUCGCCAAGGCGUACACGAAGACUUGACCGCCAAAAACGUACAGAGUUUAUGA